AUGAUCAGUAGUAUCCCCGAGGGACGCUACGCUGUCGCAACGUCCGGCGCAAAAACAUAUGCCUACGGAUGCAUGACCCGCGUUGGCAUCACCCCGCCCCCCGUCACCAUCACCGCAGACGACAAGCGCCUCAAAGCCGGCAAGCCCGCGCCGGACCCGUUCAUCCUUGCCGCCGAGUGCCUCGGCUUCGACCCGAAGAACUGCGUCGUCUUCGAGGACUCGCCGUCGGGCAUCAAGGCCGGUGUCGCGAGCGGCGCGACGGUCAUCGCCGUCUGCACGAGCCACACGCGCAGCAAGAUCGAGAACUGCGGCGCGCACUAUAUCGUGGAGAACAUGGAGCGCGUCAAGUGCGAGCCCGUGGGCGAGGGGAAGGAUAUGAAGCUCAAGUUCACGGUCUACCUAUGA